AUGGGGUGCUGCCCAGGGGACUGCUUCACCUGCUGCCCGCAGCAGGAGUGCUGCGAGGAGUGCUGCUGCCAGCCCGCCUGCUGCGGGGGCUGCUGCGGGAGCUGCUGCGGCUGCGGCGGCGGCGGCUGCGGCGGCGGCGGCUGCGGCGGCGGCGGCUGCUGUGGCUCCUCGUGCUGCGGCGGCAGCGGCUGCGGAGGCGGCGGCUGCGGUGGCGGCUGCGGAGGCUGCGGCGGCUGCGGCGGCGGCUGCUGCGGCGGCUGCGGUUGCUGCGGCUCGUCGGGGGGCUGCUGCGGGCCGGUGUGCUGCCAGCCCGCGCCCGUGUGCGACACCAAGUGAUGAGGAGCCCUCGCCCCGCCGUGGAGGCCGACCCCGGGCCCAGCUGCAGCGGCUCUCGGCGGAGACUCCCCCCCUGUCUCCAGGACCUUUUCUGCGCCCCAGACAAGUGUCCUGU